AAAUGACGUCGUAAUUGCCACCCCUUCGCCCCCGAGCGCUCUCUGCCCCGAUGCUAUUAUCUCAUUUCCAAAAAAAAAAAACCCUAGCCCCGCCGCCCUCCGCCGCCGGGCCGUCGACCGCAGCGAACCUUCCCCGACCCUUUCGCUCCGUACUCCCCGCCGCUCCCCUCGUCGACCCUUCCCUCCCUAUACCCCGGCGGCCGUCGACCGAUCUCAGCAAGCCGCCCCCGUCGGCCAAGUUCGCCGUCCUUCCCCGAGCCCACUCCGAGUCACCUUCCCGCCGCCGCCCGAACGAGUUAUUCUCCCUCGCCAACCCCGAGGCUGAAGCGGCAGCAAUGGCAUCGUCAGUGCUGGAGGCCACACGAGCGGCGCACGAGGACAUCGAGCGGUUAGAACGCCUGGUGGUGCGCGAGCUGCAGCGAGAUCCCGCCAAUGCCCGCGACCGCCUCUUCCAGUCCCACCGCGUCCGCCACAUGCUCGACCUCGUCAUCUCCACCUCCGACAAGCUCGUUGAAAUCUACGAAGACAAGGACGGUGCUAGGAAGGAUGAGAUCUCCUCCCAUCUUACCGCGCCGGUGCAAAGCGACAUCUUCCCCAAGUACUAUGAAAGGCUCAAAGAGAUCCGUGAUUACCAUAGGCGGAAUCACUCUGCCCGUUUCAUCAGCGAAACUGACGAUUAUGAGGAGCUACUAAAGGAGGAACCGGCUAUUGAAUUCACUGGCGAGGAGGCAUUUGGCCGGUACUUGGACUUACAUGAGCUCUACAAUGAGUUCAUAAAUUCCAAGUUUGGAUCGCUAAUGGAAUACUCAGCAUACGUUGGUACUUUUGCUCAGACUGAAAAAAUCUUGCAUAGUCUAAAAGCUACCAGGCAAUACAAAGAAUAUUUGGAGCAUAUUUUGGAAUACCUGAUGUCAUUUAUGUAUCGUACAGAGCCAUUGCAAGAUAUUGAUAAGAUUUUUACAAAGUUGCAAAGUGAGUUCGAAGAACAGUGGGCCAAUGGCGAAGUACCUGGAUGGGAGAAUAAGGGCACAGAGAAAAAAUCUGAAUCGCAAGAGUCUGCAGUAGACCUCGAUUACUACAAUAUUGUUGAAGAGCUUGUAGAGCUUGGUCCGGAAAAGUUGAAAGAGGCUUUAACUGCUCGUGGAUUGAAGGGUGGCGGCACUGUUCAACAGCGUGCUGAGCGCCUUUUCUUGCUGAAGCAUACACCCUUGGAACAAUUGGAUCGUAAGCAUUUUGCCAAAGGUGAUGAUUUGAAGAAGGAAAUUGCUUUGGUUGAAGUGAAGAUGAAGCGCUUAUGUGAGAUUCUCGAUGAGGUCAUUGUAAGAACAAAGGAAAAUGCGGAGAAGAAGCUGACUUUGACCUAUGAAGAAAUGGAAGCAGAACGGGAAGAAGAAGAAGUACAAGCUGAUAGUGAAAGUGAUGACGAAGACCAACAAAUCUACAACCCUCUCAAGUUACCAAUGGGUUGGGACGGGAAACCUAUCCCCUAUUGGCUCUAUAAGCUUCACGGUCUUGGUCAGGAAUUCAAGUGCGAGAUAUGUGGUAACCACAGUUACUGGGGGCGAAGGGACUAUGAGCGCCAUUUCAAAGAGUGGCGCCAUCAGCAUGGGAUGCGAUGCCUUGGUAUUCCUAAUACCAAGAACUUCAACGAAAUUACAUCCAUUGAGGAGGCGAAAGCACUGUGGGAGAGGAUACAAGCAAAGCAAGGGCUGAACAAGUGGCGGCCAGACUUGGAAGAGGAGUACGAAGACAAGGAUGGCAACAUCUACAACAAAAAGACGUACACUGACCUGCAGCGCCAAGGCCUGAUAUAGAUAUGCGAUUCUUGUGCGUUGGGGUUUGGACGGCGCUAAAUCCAUUGAAACCUGCUGACCUUGAUGGUCGCUGCAACUCUGUUUGCAUUAUAUACUCUGCAAGAUGUUACUCCGUGUUAUAUUUUACGCGCCGGAGUACUUGGGAGCUCAACUUCCUUCUUCGGGGUACAUUGCACAUUAUGCUCUAUAAUUGGUCCAUCUUA